UAUAUCUCUCGUCCACCCGCAACACACUCACUCCUACUCAGUCGCAUCGUAAACGACGUCUCGUCGCCGGCCUUAAAAAGACUCUUUUAGACAAGGAAGGGUGGCUGCAAAGAAGAACUAAGAUUUUUGGAAGGUACAAGUGUGAGAGUCGUGGGCGGGUUUGGUUCGCAGAGUGUUCCCAUUUGGUGGCUGUUGAUUAUGCAGCACUGUCAAAAGGGACUAAAGUCCACUUGGAAUGAACGGCUCGAGGAAGACAAUACAUUUCCUGCUUUUUUUUUUUUUUUUACCCCUGACGAUUUCUACGCAAUUAAGGUCCUUGCAGUGAACCAGGCAGCCAGUGUGUGAAUAUGUUUGUGUGAGCUUUUUUUUUUUUUUUUUGCUGCUUCUGCUGCAUGCAUCCUGCUUACCGAGUGUGUAUGCGUGUGUGUGUAUGGAGAUGAAGGCGGGCCGCUCCUCAUCACUGCGGCUCUUGCUGCUGGUUAGCUGCUGUGUGUGUGUGGCGGCCACCUACCCGUUCGGACCGCCGCUGGAUCUCGAUGUGACGCCGCGCGUCACCGUCUUGAGCAACAGUCUGUGGGGCUGCAGGCGCUUCAGCUCCUCAUCGGCUGUCAACUACAGCACCAUGUUGCUGGAGGCUGACAGCCAGCGGCUCUUCAUCGGAGCCCGAGGGGCCGCGUUCGCACUCGACGCCGCUGACAUCUCGGCCAGUCCUGCGCUUACUAUUGAGUGGGAGGCCUCCGCCGAGCAAAAACGGCAAUGUCUACUCAAGGGGAAAGACAACAAGACGGAGUGUUUUAAUCACAUCCGCCUCCUGCAGAGGUUCAAUUCGACGCAUCUCUACAUGUGCGGAACUCACGCCUUCAGUCCUCUGUGUGCAUAUAUAGAUGCUGAGACAUUUGUGAUGUCUCCGCCCGAAGAGGGCCGAGACAAAUGUCCCUACAGCCCGACAACUGGAUACACUGGCCUGAUCGUUGAUCAGGAGCUGUUUACCGCUUCGCAAUAUGAGUUUCGAAGCUUCCCAGAUAUCCGACGAAACUCUCCCACUCUGAAGACUGAGGACGCUCCAACGCGAUGGCUGAACGAGGCCAACUUUGUAAGCUCAGCGCUGGUGAGGGAGAGCUUGAGCAGCGGUAUCGCGGGCGACGACGACAAGAUCUACUUCUUUUUCACCGAGGGCGGCCAGGAACACGGCGCCGCCUCCGGCGGCCACAGCAGAGUGGCGCGAGUGGCUCGGAUUUGCAAGGGAGACCGAGGAGGCCUUCUGACUCUCCAGAAGCGCUGGACGUCCUUCCUCAAGGCCCGGCUGACGUGCUCCCUCCCCGAGUACGACUUCCACUUCAACAUGCUCCGCAGCGUCUUCGUUGUGCCCGGAGACACGCCGGGAGACACGCUCUUCUACGCCAUCUUCGGUCUGGGCUGGAAAAACAUAAAAGCGUCUGCGUUGUGUCGCUUCUCGCUGUCUGAUGUUCAAGAGGCCUUCCGAGGGCCUUACAUGGAGACGCAGGACUCCAAUUGGAAGGAGUACAGUGGAAAAAUUCCUGACCCACGACCGGGAACGUGUAUCACAGACACCACAAGGGCCAAGGGCGUCAACGCGUCCACCUCCCUGCCCGAUGACGUGCUCAACUUUGUCCGAAGGCACCCGCUGAUGUCCCAGCAGGUCCGGGCUUUCGACCGCCGCCCCCUGUUGUUCAGGAGGACCACCGACUACACCCACAUGGCUGUGAACACGAUCCAAGGCUUGGAUGGGCAAGAGUACCAUGUAUUAUACAUGGGGACAGAUGAGGGCUGGCUGCACAAGGCCGUGCACGUCAACGGUCAGCUGCACAUCAUCGAGGAGCUGCAGCUCUUUGAAGAACCGCAGCCUGUGGACAAUGUGCUCAUCUCUGAUCGAAUGCUGAGCGUGUACGUGGGCUCUCCGUCAGGCGUGGUGCAGCUGCCCCUGUUCAAUUGCCAAAGGUACACUUCCUGCUACGAUUGCAUCUUCGCCAGGGACCCUCACUGCGCCUGGAAUGGUUACCAUUGCGCGGACGUCAUGGUGUACCCGGACAAAUCCACGCUAAUCCAGGACAUCCAGAAAGGCAACAGAGGGUGUGACAACACUCAAGUCGACGUGUCCACACACAGCCGCUCCGUGCGAGUGGGCGACGACGUGCUCCUGCAGUGCGAGCUGAGCUCCAACCUGGCCGCGCCGUUGUGGACGCUGGACGGCCAGGAACUGCACGGCUACGGGCUCAGCUCCGGCUUCCGGACCGGCACAGACGGCCUGCUCAUCAUCCGGGCCCGCAGGGACCAGAGCGGCCUUUACACCUGCUACGCCGUGGAGAACCAAAUCCAGGUUGCCGUGGUUACCUAUAACGUCACCGUCGCUCCCGACCUGCCUUUUCCACCCACGAAAGACCCUCGCCGCCGCUUUCCCGCCUUGCCGCUGCCCACUCCCUCCGAGGGGGCCGCCGCCCCGGCGCCUCGGAUGCCGCACUCCAAGAUGCUCUCCGCCAAGAGCAUGGAAGCCGUGUAUCUGUCGCUCAUCACCAUCCUGGGCAGCCUGUGCGUGGUUCUCACCGUGGUGCUGUUCUACGUAGGCUUUUGCCUGCGAGUGGGCACCCGAGGGAAGUACUCGCUACCCACGGCCACCGCCGUCUAUCAAGGCGCGAAGAGAAACCACAGGAAACAGCAACGCAAUUCUGCCAGCUUGGAGCUGAAGACCAUCUCCAAUAACGGACACGGCGUCCACAACGGCAUCUCGAAGCUCCCCAACGGCAACAUCCGCGACGGAGGCUUCCUCCAAAUCGUCCCGGGAGAGGCUUACCCCUCGCCCAACACGGAAAUUAACCCGCCGCCGCCGGCCCCUCCGCUGCCCGCCGCGCCAGAGUGCAACUUCGCCAACGGGCUGUCGGCCGCUCUGCCCAGCGUCCUGCGGCGGAUGCACGGCAACAGCUACGUGCUGCUCAAUCAGAGCGACGCGGAGCGCGCCUCGCCGCUCUGCUCGACCUUCGCCGACGAGCUCAACAGGAUCCUGGAGAAGCGUAAAUGCACUCAGCUGAUACCCAGGCCGGACGAGAGCUCUGUGUAGCCCGGACAGAGGACUUGCUUUGUUCAAAUUCUUUGGAACAUUUUGUGGGGUGGAGGAGGGGGGGGGGUGAAAAAGGAAAAAUGGUGAAGGUGUGAAAUGGAGGGGUGGAAAAAAAAACCUUCUACCUCACUUCAUUUGUGCCCUGAGGGACACCUGCAGCCUUGAGGAGACGAGCCUCUCUGGAAUUUGGGUUGCAAAAUUCCGGGACUUUUCCAACUUGGAAACUUCCAUGGGAAUUCACUGAAAUUUAUUGGAAUAAAUAGGAAUCAAGUAGUCCGGUUUCCUCGUACAUUCCAAAAACAUGCAUGCUAGGGUCAUUGAAGACUCUAAAUUGUCCACGUGUAGCAAUGUGAAUGCGAACGGUAGUUUGUCUAUAUGUGCGCUGCGGUCGCUGACUAUUUCCAAAACUGAACUUUUCAAACGGAUAUUUAUUUGAUGAUAAUCUGAGAUGAUCAUUUUGGCCAGUUAGUGAACUCUCAACUCAAAUUUUAUUUGUAAAGCAUUUGAAGAACAAUCGCAGCUGCAACAAAGUGCUGUACACGAAUCAAAAUCGAGAAGAAGAUCAAUUGAACAUGUUCAGUUUUGGUCUCCCUCUUGCGUGCUCCAGUUCAAUUGACAAAUAAGAAGACAACAUCGAUUUUGCGCUGUCAGAUUGUGUAAUGAUGCUCGUUCCAGGGUUAAAGUUCAAGCCGGCGUUUUCUGAAUCGAGUUUGAGUGGAACCAGUGGCCAGCAUCAUUUGCAAAUUGCACCUU